AUGUUGCUUCGUUUCGGCUUUUGCUUAAUUUUGUUGUUCAUCGAAUCGAUCAUUGCCCAGGAGAAUGGCUUUUCAAAGUUGAAAAACGCUCGUUGUUCCGCUCUUCAGGAUUGUUCGGUGAAUGGCGAUUGCCUUGAGUGCCAGUUCCCUAGUGAAUGCAAAUUGAAUGAGGACAUUGUGGCGAAUUGCACAACUCUCCCGAAUUGCGUCCUUCGACAAUCGCUGACAAAAGCGGCCAAGUGUCGAUUUUGUUGGCAAAGCGAUCCAUGGGAGCACACGUGUGAUCCAGUGGCGAACUGUUCCUCAACGAGCACUCAACUAGUGCCCACAAGAUGCACGAUUCACUGGGACGUGAUUUGCAUGGGAAAGAGGCACUUCUACAAAAAUGUCAAAUGUAAUUGGACAUCGGGUCAUAGCUGGGCGAAAGCGCUCUUCUUGUCGGUGGUUCUCGGCGGAUUUGGGGUGGAUCGCUUCUAUUUGGGUCUUUGGAAAUCGGGAAUCGGCAAAUUGUUCUCAUUUGGCGGUUUGGGCGUUUGGACGAUUAUUGACGUGAUCCUGAUUGCGACGGGUUACAUUCGACCGCACGAUGGAUCACAUUAUGUU